GGAACACUGCUAUUCUCUCUAUUCUAACGGCUGCUAAGGCUAACUGCUUUUAUUGGCAUUUCGGAAUAUUAUCUGUGAGCUGUAUAAAAUGUCCUGUUGGUUAAGAGACGAGACCCUGUGCCUGGGUUCCGACUACAUAGACUUCUGCAUGGGGAUCCAGCGGACGCCUCCCAGCGAGUCAGCCGAGUCCAUGCGCCGCUUAGCCAAGGAGCUGGAGCUCCAGCACAGGUCCAAAUUCCAGUCCUUCUCGCACAGCUUCCUGUCGUCCUGCGGCUCCAACCUGGAGCCCAGCGACUGCCUGCACAGCGUCAUGACCAUGCUGGUGGACGACGGAAAGUUGAACUGGGGACGGAUCGUCACGCUCUUUUCGUUCACGGGCGUCGUGGCCUCCGAGAUGCGCUCCAGAGGGGAGAAGCCCGAGAGCUGCAGGAGGCUGGCCGAGGCCAUCGCUGAUUAUCUGGUGGAGGAGAAGAAGGAAUGGCUGCUGGAAAACGGCGGCUGGGAGGGUUUCUGCAAGUUCUUCCGCAGUGCGGGACACGUGAGCCACGAAUCAUCCAUGAAGACGGCGCUGUUCGCCGCCGCAGGAGUCGGCUUAGCUGGACUAACCUUCCUCCUGGCGCGCUGAACCACGCCCGCCCGUCUCCGUCCUGCACCUCGCUUUUCAUUCCGCUGUAUGUAUGUAGCCUGAUGGAUGUAGAGUAUUCGACUGAACUGUUUAUGCACCUCACACCACAAACUGUCCACGGUUGAGCGUUAGGGUUUAAUCUGGGUUUAGUCGGCGCGUUUCUCACACGGUGCGUUUUGUAUUGGUAAAUUCUUCACACCAGGUCGGUCCUGUUUAGAAUAGACGAGGUUUUAACGUUUCCUAUCUGCGCUCCAGCAUUUCAGUUCGGGGACGAGGCCGGUCCAGCUCAUUUUCGGACGUACAGACAUGAAAUCUGAGCGUUUACGGGAUUGAGGAGCGAACGGCGGCAGGAUGGAUCUCAUUACUGUACAUGGUUGUGUGUUUGGUUUACAUUGCAUUUUGUUUUGUGUAGUUUUUAUUUUUAUUUUUAUUUUAUUCGCUCCGGUGAAUGAAAGCGUUCGGCAGGUGCUAUACGGCUUAUUCAACAAUUUAUGAGUGACCAAUUUUGACUGUAAAACGUAUUUAUUUUAGCAUUUGAAGAACAAAUUCUACCUAUUUAGACAGGUUUUUCUGCAUCUACAAAAAUAUUUUUGCAUUGUUUUAUUUAUUUAACACUUUCCUAAUAAAAAACUGCGACUCUCUAAAUUA